AUGGAUGCAAGAUAUAUCGAUAUGGAUAAUUUGGGAGAAAUGGAUAUUAUGUAUGAAAAAGGCAUUAUCGAUAGUGAAUCUGAAUUAAUACCGAUCAGUGCUACACCGGGUUUCAUGCGAAUAUACUGGAAUGGUACUCGACUAUCUUACAAAAACGCUUCAUUUGACGAUUAUGGACGUUAUUGUAUAAACGGUCUCGCAUUAAAAGAAGAGCUGUUAGCAGAAUUACAAAAACUGGAUGCUUCCCGUCAUUUUCCUCCAAACAAACAUAAAACAUCCGUAAAAUCAGCUAGUGUUGAAUCAGUUGAACCUUCUGUGAUGGGACAAAAAGUGGAUGAAACAGUAAAAAAAAUUAUUGAAGAAAAAAUAAAAACUGGCAUUUAUCAACAACAAAUUAAUGAAAAAAAAUUUAUGUCCGAUGUUUACCGAAAAUGUUUAACUUCGGUUCCAGAAUGUCUUGACUAUUGUAUUGGUCUAUUUCAGCCUGAAGCACUAGAAAAUAUUACUAAAAACACUUUCUUUAGCGACAUAUCGUUGACUUCUGUUCGGUUACCAACUAUUUUAAUAGGGCAACUGACACUGGCACUUUGUUCGCCAUUGUGCGGUGUUCCAUUACACCCAGAUAUUUUCAUUCGACUAUUGUCUUAUACGAAUUUUGCUAACAAACACGAACAGUCGAUUAAUAAGAUAUUUUCAAAAUUUUCAAAUAAAUGUAUGAAGUAUAUGGUAGAAACUGAAGUUGAAUGUGACCAUAUUCCAGCGUUUAGAUUAAAUUUCGUUCCAAAAAUAAUAUUACCCUUUUUUAAUCGUAUUAGAAUGAAACGUUUCGAUUUAUAUGAAAAGCUAAAAGGUGGCACUAUUUUUGUAAUACCAAAGUGGUCUGGUUUGACACCAGAAAAAGGAGCACAUCUUGAAUUUCGUUACUCAUUCUCUGACUAUGAGAAGACAUUAGCACAAUUACGUUCGAAUAAUGAACUGACGCUCAAUAAAGUUGCACGAUCUAUUUAUUAUGAAUGUUUAUCGAAGAACAGCCUGCAAAUUGACGGAACAUAUUUGCCGUCGUAUUUUGUUAAAACAGCUGUACUGUGGUUAUGUGAAAAUGAAAAUGUCACAGAAAUUUACAAAAGUGACCAGGAUCAAGACAUUAUUGCACAAUCUUUGGGUGAUUUGUGGCGGAAUUAUGCCUGUUCUUGUUUGAAAGAACAUUAUUGUCAACACUACUUUAUUGAGGAGAUCAAUAUUUUGCAGACUUAUCAUGCUGACUUACUAUCAUUAGCUUAUGAGAAACUAAAGGGAUGGCGCUGUACAGACGAAAACAAUGACGAUCCUGAAUUCAGUCGGCCCCUAAACGACGAUGACAUCUCUGAUAUACUGAACGUGUUUGAUGAGUUUAUCCCAAGCGUUACUGACGAAAAACUUAUUCGAGAAGAUUUUCAAUCAAUAGAAAAUGAGUAUUUUAUUAAAACUGAUUUAUCCAGUAUAAAUGUAACAAGAUAUCUGGAUAUUUUAUCUUAUAUUCCCGGAGGUCUAAAGACAUAUGGUGAUUUUGCUGGCUAUUUACUAUCAUUUACAAGUGAUGAAUCACCAGUACAGUUGCCAUUUGCUAUCAAGGAACUAAGCUUUUCUCAUUUUACAAUCGCAUUAUUAUUAAGUAUGGGGAUGCUCGUACCGAUUGACUCGUAUUAUAAUCAACUGACAUUUGAGGAAAAUGAAUACAUACGUAGCAGUGAGCAGUUUUUUGAAAAAUUCCUAAAUAUAGCCAAAAAUGUGCAAAACAGUGCACGAACUAUGGAUUUAGAGACAUUAUUGGCAAUGGCUGUCGCACGUCACCAAUCAUCUAUGUGUGAUAGGGAUUGCGUAGAUUUCAUACGUAAACGUGCUCGUUUUAAAAAUAAAGAAAUAAAUAAGCUGCCGCUAGAUUGCUUUCACACGAUGCGUUCUGAAAUUCCUGACGAUGAUACGGAAAACCCCUGGGUUAAAUCGAACCAAAACUGUCAAUAUCAAUAUAUCAAUAUACAAGAAGGCCUAUUAUCAUUGAUCUUCGAAAUAGCAUGUUAUACAUAUAAUUUCACUGAUAGCGAGCGUGUAAUAUUUCAAAAAAAUUCGCUGCAUUAUGAACUAUGUCAAAAGGACGCCCGACAGUCCAGCUAUUUCGUUUGCGUAACAGUUUAA